GCUGUGGCCAAUGAAGUGAGACCUGGUUUGAGCUGGGAUUCCUCACUUUGUCCCAGUGCCUUCUAAGUGACAGUCAGUGCUCCUGCGCCCUUGGACAAAAUGGCUCACAGCAUGAGGUUGCUCCUUCUCCUGGCCCUGGUCUAUCUCACAGGGGCACAAGAAACAGGUGUUACUAUCUCACUGGCGGAUGAGAGCAUGAAUGGGAUUGUGCAAAGUGUCCGCUCAAUGUCGGUGAUCCUAAGACUGCCACCUUGCGGAUUAGCCGGGGAAACAAUCGCGGUCAAGGUCACCAACAUCACUGGGCAAGAGAUACAACAGCCAAACUUUACAAUGCCUGUCUGCCGCUUCAGGCGUGAAUUGAUUGCUCUGGAGGCUAACAUCGAUGGAUUUCAGCGAAUGUUCAAUUUGGGCUACCAGGUGACAGGGCUGAAAGAAAAUACCAAGUACAAUAUGUCGUAUGAAGUUGGUAACAGGAAGAGCAACCAACUGGAGAUCAGCACCAUCAUGCCAAUAAAUUACAAGGACAUCGAUACUGGUUUUGGUCGGAGCGGAGCCAUGGUUGUGAUUACCGUGCUUCUGGCAAUUGCCAUGGCCGUGCUCAUUGGCCUUUUCAUCGUUGCUGUUAUAAUUCGGAAGUAAAAUCUUUUGCUGAAGAAUGAAAGAACAUUUAUAGUAACAAAUAUGUGAACAAUUUUUCUCUAUAUCUCUUAUGUAUUUUUAAUCUGCACCCUGCAUUUUGAUGACAAUUAAGAAUUAAUUCAGAUGAAUAUCUGCUUAUUGUGAACGUUUUGAUCUGUAGCUAUUUGAAAAUAUUUAUCUUUGAACCUGAUUGAAGUUCCUUGUCUCACGUGGCCUCACCGUCAAUGAUCCAUUCCUUCAUCAUGAUCCCAAAAACUUUCAACCUUCAAUUGUUUCUGAAUCAUCCUUCAGAAUUUGAUGAAUGCUUGGUUCUGUGAAUCUGUCCGGGGACAGCAGGCACCUGGGUAGAUGCAGCAGAUCUAGUGUCAGGAACUGAUGGUUCAACACCUGUAGUGAAUCUAGUUGCUAACCACUGUUCAUUUAGAAAAGGCAUUAUUUUAUAAUUAAAGUCUGUAUUUAUGA